UAUCAAAUGUCAUAACACACCUUAUUUUUAAUACAACCGUUCGGAAAGCAAAUACAAAUUUUCAGAUAUUUUUACUAACAGAAAAUUCUCAGCUCAGUAAGAAGUAACCAUAACAUCAAAAAUGAAAAAUGCAAACCCAGUGCGCAAAACAGUGCACAGGAAUAGAAGAAAGGUAUUGCUGGACAAUUUGAAGGGAUCGCGAAACCAAAAAAUAGUAGUGGUGAAACGGAAAACAACGAAAGCAGCUACUCGUCUUAAAGAAAACAAUCUUCCUUGCCCAUUGAAGCCAAGUGUUAUCCGCAGGAUUUGCCGCUUGCCCCCUGAAAAAUGUAGGGUUAACACUAAAGCUCGAAUUAUGUACAUCAAUUCGAAGUUUCGAGCUUUAAAAAGCCGCAUUUUCAACCACAAGGCAUCGUGUCGAAAGAUUCGCAGUUCCUGCGAGGCACCAAAAAUGGGAAAGACUCCCGCAGUUCAGCAGAAAACGCGAAGGACCAAAGGAGCUUAGUUAUUUGGCAUUUUUUCACUUAUCAGCUAUUCUAAUCUAAUCUAAUCUAAUAAGCUAAGGAGUACUUGAUUCCAUGUAACAGGAUUAACCAACGAUCUUUAGUUGGGUUAAAGACCUGUGAUCGUUUUGUAUGUAUUUGUAAGCUGCUCUAAAAUAUAGUUUGGUGAUAAAACUAAAA